AUGUUUUACCGCCUAGACGGAACCGUGAGGUUCCAGCUAAUCGUUACUCACCAGAAAGCAAAGCAAGAUAUGUUAUCUCAUGAGUGUAAUGCUUUUGUGGCCAUAAUGGAUAGUAUUAAAAUUCCAACCCGUGUUGAGGAGGCAUUUAAUGAUCCAAAGUGGGUUGAAGCCAUGAAUAUUGAAAUGGAGGCGCUAUAA